AUGGCUACUCAGACUGCUGCAUCUGAUCAUGCUUCUGCUACUGAUCAGCAAUACGUGAAGAAGGAAAAAGACGAAGGCAUUGCACAAAUGAUCGCUUCUUUAGCCAAUGAAGAUGAAGUCAAGCAUGACAAGCCUGACGGAGACGACAAAUCUGAGGACACCUCUUCAAAUAAGACAGAAGAUAAGGUGACGGCAGAGCUUGCUGCAGUUGAGGAAGAACAAUCUGCUGAAGAUACUCUGGACCAUCACAAGGUUGAGGAUGCACAAAGUUCAACACCAACUCCAACAGAAGAAGUUGAUCACAAGGUUGAGCCUGCUAUUGCAGUACAAAACACUGAAUAUUCACUGCCACCAGAAGCAACAAUUGCAGCCGAAGAUAAACUAAAGGAGGAGAAGGAAGUGGUUCCGGCCUCGCACACUAUCAGUGAUAUUGAACCAGUUCAUGAUGCAGCCAAUUCCCAGCCAGAUGUGGCAGCAUCCACAGAACUCAGUGUGGAAGAAACACCACCACAGAAACUAGAAAAUGAAGCUGUGGAAACAGAUAAGGAGAAACAAUCGCAACCCAAGACAGAAGACAUUCCAGAAGCAUCAACUGAAACUAUUGACAAAACAAGCAACACAGAUGAGACUGAUCCUCCGACAGAAUCAGAAGGAGAGGUGGUGAAAGAGGCUCAAGUUUUGGAAACAGGGGCCGGAGUGGAAGACAAGCUUGAGCCUGUUGCUACACAAGUGGAAGAAAAAAUAGAAGAGGCAGAAAAAGAAUUGCAAGAGGCUGAGCAACCAAGCACAAUUGCAGUACCUGAACAGGCGGCUGAUGCCGUAGAGGAAAAAGCAACAGAACCCUCAGAAGAUGUAGUGGAAGAGACCGCUAACUUUGAAACGGGACCCACGGAAACAGUGGAUGCAGAACCUUUGGUUACUAAAGUGAAUGAAAACCAGGAAGAACCAGAGAAGCAACCAUUGGAACAAAGGGAAGAGGAGAAACCAGACACAUCUGCAAUUCCUGAGCAAUCAGCAGAAAGAAGUGAUGCCAUAGAGGAAAAAACAAGAGAACUAGAUUUUGAGGCAGAGGUGUUGAAAGAGACUAACAACUUUGAAACAGAGAAAGCAGAGCCAGUGGGUGUUAAAGUUGAUGAAAGUCAAACUGAACCAGAAAAGCUAGAGGAAGAAGAGAAGUCUAAGACAGUUGUUCUCGAAGCAGAAGCUGAAAAGGUGGAGCAACAAGGCAGUACUGAGAAGGUGGAAGACACAGGCAACUCAGAGUCAGACACAAUUUCUGAAAAGAUAGAAAAACCAGAACCUCUGUUAAUUGAAGUGGAGGAAAAGCCAAGUGAACAACUACAAGUAGAUGAUGAAGUUGUGGAAGAUUGUAAGGACGUGGAAACUAAGAAAGAAAUUGUGAUCGAGACUGCCAAGACUGAAAGAACUUUAGCUGACCUGAUCAAGGAAGAGAAAGCUGAUAAAGAGGAGGAAACUAGCCUCACUGUAAAUGCUGCACAGGUUUCAGCAAAUGAGGAACCUCAAUCAAAUCUUGUGGAACCUUCUACUGAAGCUGUGCUUGAGACUUCCAAGAGUGAAGGAACUUCAGAUGACACGGUCAAGGAAGAGAAAACUGACAAAGAGGAGGAAACUGGUCUCACUGGAAAUGCAGCACAAGUCUCAUCACAUGAGGAACCUCUAGCAAAUCUUGUGGAACCUUCUCCUGAAGUUGUGCUUCAGAUCUCCAAGAGUGAAGGAACUUCAGAUGACACGAUCAAGGAAGAGAAGACUGACAAGGAGGAGGAAACUAGCCACACUGAAAAUGCCACACAAGUUUCAUCGAAUGAAGAACCUCAAGCAAAUAUUGUGGAGCCUUCUCCUGUAGUGGCCGAAAAGGUUGUUGAAGAGGAUGACAACAAAGAACCUCAAGUAGAUAUUGUGAAAACUGACAAAGAGGAGGAAAUUAGCCACACUGAAAAUGCAGCACAAGUUUCAUCGAAUGACGAACCUCAAGCAAAUACUGUGGAACCUUCUCAUGUAGUAGCAGAAAAGGUUGUUGAAGAGGAUGACAAUAAAGAACCUCAAGCAAAUGUUGUGAAAACUGAUAAAGAGGGGGAAACUAGCUUCACUGAAAGUACAGCACAAGUUUCAUCAAAUGAAGAAGCUCAAGCAAACACUGUGGAACCUUCUGUAGUAGCGGAAAAGAUUGUUGAAGAGGACAACAAUAAAGAAUCAAGCAUUACUGAUGUGAUUGAAGGGGUACCAAAUGAAGUGGCUGGCAUCAUAAAAAGUCCAGAACCAGCCUCAGUUGAUCAGGGAGCUGAACCUAGCUUAAAAGAAGAAAGGGAGUAUUCUGUUCCAGCUGACGUGGAGGAAAAGAUUGCCAUUGCCGCAAAUGACGAUGAAAAAAAGGAACCUGAAGCACCUAAAGCUGUCACUGGAUCUUCAACAGAGGAAGAGGCUGAAAGCAGAAAGGUUGAGGAACAGAAUGAGGCAAAGACAGCAACAACUGAAGUAGCAGAGAGUGUGAAGGUGGAGAAUGUAAGAGGUGAUGAUGAUAGCUCAGUAGUUGAUGACAAGAAGGAAGGGAACGGUGAAACAAAGGUAGAAGAAAUCUCUAGAGCUGUAAGUGAACCUGUUAGAGAAACCUUGGCAUCCAAAUUUGAAGAAAAAGAAGAGGAAUAUGUUGAACCUGGAGUCAAAAAGUUAGAGAAAGAACAAACUGUGGAGCCUGAGAAAACUGAGGUUCAAGUCACCAAGGAAAGUGACGCAAUAAAAACAUCCAAGGACCUUCCAAAAGAAACUCCAGCCAAGCCAGCUCAAAAGCAAUCAAAUAACAUUAUAUCAAAGGUUAAACAGUCCCUGGUGAAAGCAAAGAAAGCUAUCACUGGCAAAUCUCCUUCCUCCAAGAACCUUUCCUCGGAGGCCAAGGGCGACAUUAAAGUCAAAUAAUGGAACUGAGUGAACGAGUUUGCAGCAUUUACGGAUUUGCUUUAUUUUUCAUUAUCGUGGUGCAUAGCAUUAUAGCAUAUAAGUUGGUUUUUAUACAUCGUAAUUUUCAGUUGAAUUUGUUUGAAUGCCAAAAGGUGUGCAGAGUGUAGUGUAUAUAGAAGAUGAUCUAGGCCGUGAUUUAGGCAAUGCUGUAAAAUUUGAUUGUUUUUUUCUGUAUUAUUCUUUUGGAUAAUUUGCAUUGUGUUUUUAUUUGCUGUUGAUAAACGAGAAAAGCAAUUUUAACUUA